AUGGGUGCUUUAAAAAUCAACCGAGCCUCACAAGCUUGGAAACCGGCAAAAGGAAAGCGUGUAUAUGGUUUGGCAACUGAAAUACCUACAAUUCCAAAACCCAGCAGUUUGUCUGUUUCAGUGCUCUCAAGGACACGGCAAGUCUCCCCAAGAACCCAAUACGAACCCAAUACGAAUACAAGGCCCCAUGGAGAGUGGCAAAAUGUCACUAUCCCCGCAAAGCGGGUAUACGCGCGCACACAAACACCCCGCACAUGCCGCAUUUGUAGAAGCGAGCGGCCGCACGCGUUCUGGGGGGUGUCUCCUCUUCAUGCAGGUCCUAACUUCAACAUUGUCACCAUCACAAUCACAAUCACCAUCACAAUCGUCACCACCGCAAUCACCAUCUUUUAG